AUUCCCUUCCUCCUCGCAUGAGCCUCGAGCCCUGGAGUGACGUAAACAACAUGGCGCAACACAAGAGCAGAAAUCAUCGUGAAAGUGCGACGUUUUAGUGUGCUGCUGUGACUUGACGUAAGGACUAUGAGUGCGUGUCUUUGAGGCCGAGACGAGACGUUUGAACCGAGAGAUCAUGGAGGAGGAGGACAGCGGCCUCGGGUACAAGCCCCAGAAACAGGUCAUUUACAACAAGCUGCUGCCUUAUUCUGAGGAAAUUCGAGAGGAAAUUAUCGAGCAGUUCAGUAACAUUAAGAUAAAUUUGGCCAAAGCAGUGGUGUUGCGAGAUAUAAGGCCAGGAUGUGUCCAUUGGGUCGCCAAGCUGUCCAGAUUUGUGAAUCUGUAUGGAAUAUGCAUCUCCAAAGAAGAUCACAUAUAUAUGGUAAAGCUCCUGUACGAGCUUUCAGUGAACCCCCAGCAGGAGUACUGGGUCACUGCCAAGUUUGCACAAAUGCUAACAAUUUUGUUAAAAAAGAGAGAGUUGCUCGCCCCAGAUGAUCUGGUGCUCAAUUGGCGCCCACUUUACGAUCUCUAUGAGAGCCUCUUCUACAACUCCUACUAUACCAUUGGGAUGCUGAUGCUGCCUGCGUAAGUAUGAUUGCGUUUUCUUUCGGUU